AAACAUUCAAACACAUCAUAGUCAUCAUCAUCAUCAAUACAUAGAAGAAUCAUCCCUAUAGCUUUUUAAAAGUACAGAAGAAGAAUUUGAAGGAGAAGAAAGAGAGAAUUAAGGUGUGUUUUGACACAAUGAUAAAGUCAUCUACUCUACUUCGUUCUUGUUCACCCCCUUUUCUUCCUGAAGCCAAAGAUGUUAAUCGAACGCAUCCGUUGUCAUCCACGAAAUUUGCUUCGACAAUAACUUGUUCUUCGAGAAACCAUUCCUUCAUUCCAAAGCUCGAGCCCUUUAGCCGCUCCAAGUUCGAUCGGAUCAUAAAGGACCCACCUCUGAUCGAAAAGUCCGAGAACGAGCUCGCUGAUUAUUGUUCGACCCUUGAAGGAGACGAAUCUUAUGGUUGCUGGAGAGCUUAUUUUGAGCUCAAGGAUCUCGAGAAAGAAACACCGAAAGCAGACGUUGAGAAGCUAAUUCUUCAAGCAGGAGGGGUGAAGUCCUUGAUUGGAUUUUUACAUGGGAUUGCAAAUAUCCAUAAGGGAAAGAAGAAGGAAUCAAGUUUGACUCGGCCAUUUGACUCAGAAAAAGAUCAGAGACCCUCUCCUAUACCAGAUGGACUGCCAAAGUCACAGGCGGAGCUGGAAGAAGAAGAGAGUGGGAAAAUGCCUGACUCGUCCUUUACUAGACUGCUGAGAAGCAAAGGCAAGUUCCCUGCAUGGUAUUCCCCUACUCCUGACCAUGAAACAGAUUGAUUCAGAAAUACGUAUUACAAGUGAUGGUUGGUUUCGAUUUUUGAUAUAGGUGGGCCUUUUUGUAGAUAUGAUUUAGAAUUUGUAUAUAUAUAUAUAUAUGAUCAUAUAGCUGCUGGAUUUUUUGGUUAUUGUAUUUUCUCCAAAUGUUAUCUUCAGUACUUAAAGUUUGUGGUUGCUUGCGAAUGAACUUGGCUGUAUAACUAUUUUGAGGGUGCAAUGAGCCUAUUUUCAUCUGA